GCUUUUUAGUCAAAAUUCGAUCCUCGUCAAGAAUUACCUACGAGCUCCUUCUUAUGCGCCAAAUUGCAUCUAUAUGACCCCUACCAAGCCAAUCAUUUUCCCAAUCAUUGGCAAUACACCUUUGACGGGCUGCCUUUCAGUCACAGUCACCGAGUCGAACCAUCUUAUCCACGAUGGCCUCCCGAUUCACACAGCUCCAAGAACAAGCUCGCAAUGGUACUAAUUCCCCAGUGCCUAGAUCAGGUGUUAUUCCAGGCCGCGAGGAUGCGCAUCAAUUGAAGUUCAAGCACGGUUCCGUCAGUUCCACAUCUAAGAAGCUUCCUGGCAUUACGCCAGUGCCAGUUUAUACCUCGAACCCCCCUGCCUAUCGAACCACUUACCCUCCCGCCCAAUAUGUACCUGAACAAGUUUCUUCAUUCGGAGGAGGACUCGAUGACUCCACUGUGGCUUCAGACUUCGACGAGACAAUCACUAGCGAUUUGGCAGUCCCUCACCAUUUUGCAGAAGAUGACGAGACCCAACCUUUCGAGGAUGAGGAACCAUAUGCAUCGCAACAAGCAGAAUACCAAUCCUACUCUCAGUCCCAGCACCCUCGAUUAUCAGUCCAGCAUAGACUUCAACACAAGCAAAGCCAGUCACCAAUGAUCGAGCAGAACGCAGAGCAAGAGCUCUUGAGAAUUAGCGGUCAGUUCGGUGGCCAAAAGCAUGGAAAUCUUGUUGUCCGUUCUUUGGAGGAUCCCACACCAUCUCGAGCCAAGCGUCAAUCCAGAAAGCGAUCGCGUUCUGGAGACCACAAUGCUCAACCAUCCAUAAUUGUCGAGGAGCGUUCGAGUCAGAUGGAUGAUGUCGAAGAGAUUAUGCCUCAAUUACCAGAAUCCGAAGUGCUUUCCGAGAACGAUGAGUCCGAGGAGGAAGACGCUCCAACUCCCAACCCUAGUCCAAGCAAGAAUCGUCGAAAAAAAGAACCUCUAAUCUCGCAACAAACUCCUCGUCCUGUAAAGCCCACCGAAGCCCCCAAGAAGGAUCCUAUUGUCCCUGACUAUACCGAUGCACAACUUCGCAAGAUGACAUAUGCCGAGCUGGAGAAUGAAUCAUGGGAGAAGAUAGAUGACAAGAAGACCUUCCAAUUGGCCAAGCCACUACGGGAUACCAGUGCUCUGGAGGAGAAGAUGGAGCACUAUGCUUUCAAGGAGGGGCAGGAUGCUCAAGUUGCAUUCUACGGGCAACUUUCACAUAGUGACUGGGAGAAUGGAGGCGAUUGGUUUGUCGAACGUUUCACAGAUUUGAUGAAUGAACUCAAGAAGAAGCGCAUUGAGAAGAAGGCGAUCACUCAGAAGUAUGAGGCAGAACUUAGUGCUCGGGAGAAGUCUGUGAGAGGCAAGUCUGAUAACCUUGAUCGAGAGUUCAAGGAUAUGAGAGUUGGUGGAGAAGGUAUAUUGAAAGGCAAGAGAGUCUAACUUGGUCAUCUAGUCUCGCUUGAUCGCGUAUCAAUUCUUGAGGUUGCCGAUACGUUUUCUGCGAAGAUUUUUGAGCAAGAGGAUCAAGUGCGAAAGGUGGCUGUUGCUUUGGAAUCUGUUAGAGAGGUUUCGAAACCAUGGUAUAUGAGACUAGGUUUUGCUGCAUGGCAUUUGCUCUGGCAUGUUUAGGACUGGGAUGGGAAAAUAAUAGCAUUUGCUUGGAGUUGCUCUCGGGAUAUGCAUGGAUGGCAAAAAGAUAGCAUCUGGGAUAGGUGUUCAGCAGAGAUACCCAUUGGCUUUCGCG